AUGUUCAAUUGGCAAUCCAUGUUUCAAAACAACAAUAACAACAACAACAACAAACAUGAUGCUUCCCUCUCGGAACUCAACAAGUUAUCAUCAUCAUCUUCUCAUCAAACAACAACAACAAAUCAAAACACUACCAACACUACCAACAACAACCAUGAUUUUGAAGUGAUUCAAACCACCCCUUCCUCCAAUCAUCAUCAUGGAUUGAAUGACCACCACCACCACAAUGAUAAUAACAUCCAUGUUGACCCUAUCCAUAUUGACCCUAUCCAUAUUGACCCUUCUGAUGACUCUUCUCAUAUCCAUCUCGUCAUUCUCAUUGCUGGUAUGGGUGCAAGAAAGAAUCAUCCAUUGAGUGAAUCUGUCUUGAUACCAGCUGGUAAAUGGUUUGAUAUUUACAAGUGUCAAUUAGCCAUGAAAGAAUCCAUUAAUGCUCUCUUCAAUCAAUAUGCAUCGAAUCAAGUGAAAUCUCAAUCUCCUCAUAUUCUUGUGAAAUCCAUUGAUUAUUGUUCAACAGUGAGAGAAGAGGGAGGAUAUACGGACAAGUUAAAUUUAGUCACCAUGAAAUCAGGUGUACAAUUAUUACGAACCAUUGCCAAUGAGAGUAUGAUUGAUGUAUUAAUGUAUAAUAGUGAAAAGAUUAAGAAACAAAUGCAAUCUGUUGCAAUUAAACAAAUUAAUGAAAUAUUGGAUGAAAUGAAAGGAUUACCAGUGAAAACCAUUUCCAUUGUUGGUCAUUCACUUGGAUCUGUAUUAGCCUUUGAUAUUUUAUAUCAACAUCAACUCUCUGAAAAUACAUUAUUGAAAAGAACACCAACUCAUUGUUUUUUAUUGGGAUCUCCACUUGGAUUAUUUCUCACUAUGGACAUUCAAACCAAUCAUCGAGAAUUAGAAGCUUUUCAUUUUGUGAAUCCAAUUUCUGGUAAAAAACAAUUAUUAAGAGAUUUACCAGUCUAUCAUUUGUAUCAUCCCUAUGAUCCUGUUGCAUAUCGUUUAGAUCCUCAUUUAGAUCCUAAAUUUGCUAAAUUUGAUCCAUUGAGUUUGGAUUUCUUCAGUAAGAGAGCGAGACCACCCAGUCAUCCAGUUGUUCAAUUGACCAAUGCUUUCAAUCAAAUGUUAGUGACCUUUGGAAUGGAUACCAACAAAAUUAAUGAUGAAUAUCGUGAAUUAAUUAAUCAAUAUGAAAUUAUUGAUCAUGCACUUCCUGUCAUGUCUGAAAUUGUUAUCAACGAGUACUUGUCAGCCAGUGAUGUUCAUUUGAGAUAUUGGAGUAAUUCUGAAGUUGUUAGUUUUAUUUUGGAAAAGUUAAAUCUAAUUUCAGUGGAUCAGACGACCAAUUAA